AUGGAUUCAGUUGAGACGAUGAAAAAUAUUGGUGCACCGGUAAUCUUAGAAGGUCGUGACGGGUCAAGUCAUCGAUGUUCUGGUACUAUAGCAUCAAUCGGUGUACAAGAUAUCGCUAUUCGAAGAAGUUCAGAUCAUGGUAUAUGUCGUGUAACAGUUCAACAAUUGAAACAAGGUAGAUAUGCUUUAUGGCCAAAUAAAACAGAAUAG